AGAUCAUCUUUUGGUAACAACGGACGCUUUGCCAGCGAUCAAAUUUCAGAAACAAGCAUUCCAAAACGAAGAAUACUGUUUUAACCAUAGAGAAAGAAAACGUAUAAAUGACAGUAAAUGGGUUGCUUAGAUGUAAAGAAUGGUUUUCUAUGUUUUAAUUGAUGUUUAUUCUGAUACAUUCAAUGUUCAUCAAAAAGAUGAUCUGAUGCAGUGAUACAGACAGUAGAAUCCACAGCAAUUACAAUAUGAAGAACAACCCUCAAGACAGUGACCACAGCUGGCCUGUGACUCCAUUGAAAAUAUUUGCAAACUUUACCCACCAAAAUUUUAUACAUAUAUUUUAUAUAACUUUAGUGAUUUUAUUGUCUGCCAAUUGUGUCACCGGUAUUGUCUGUAAAAAGAACAAUUUGGAUUAUCACGAACAAAGUUUGAACAUUUCUGUAGAUUGGUCUGUUGAUAAAGUGUGCCAAACGUUUGAGGAAUGUUUCGGUAUUGAGAACGUUGACUCUUUUAACUACCCUCAGUUGUGCCCGGUUGAAAUCCAAGAAGGUGACUCAUUGUAUCUCGUACCAUCUGAGGGCCUUGUAGUCUUUCCUGCAAAUGUUUCGUACGAUGAUUUUCAAUCAUGCAAUACUGAUGACGUUAAUAAUGAUCAGUGGCUCAUCAAUUCAUCGUCACAUUCUACUUUGAUGGUGCCCUCAGAAUUUCUCCAGUCUGGUAUAAUCUAUUUAGCUCAACUGCCUAAUGACCCUUUCAGUCAGUGUCAUUUUGGUCUCCGUUUAACUGUCUCCAUUAAGUCUGUGAAUUGUCAACUACCGGAUGACAGUGGUGAAUGUUCCGGUCAUGGUAGGUGUUUAUCGACAAGCUUUGGAGAUGCUUUUUAUUGUGAAUGCAAUGAAACGUAUUAUGGAGGAUUUUGCCAGGAGCUGGACGGAUGCUAUGGGAAGUCUUGCCUAAAUGGAUUCUGUGAGGAUUUACUAAAAGGUCCAGAUGGUACAGGCUUCCAGUGUGUUUGCAUUGAUGGUUUCACAGGUUUCAAUUGUACGGAGAUCAUAGGCCCUUGCAGAGCAGGUGUGUGCAACAAUGGUACAUGUCAAGACAUAACAAACAAUACACAUGUUUGUACCUGCAACACUGGGUUCACAGGCUCUGACUGUCUUCAACUGGAAAAUUACUGCACAGAAUCAUCUUGUUUGAACAGUGGCACCUGUAUUUCCAUAUUUCAAGGUGUUGUGUGCCUUUGUCCACCUGGUUUCUCUGGCCUCAGAUGCGAACAAAAUAAUAUAGAUGAGUGUGCAUCACAGCCUUGCCAAGGAGGAUCCACUUGCGUUGAACAGACAGGUGGCUUCAUUUGCUUAUGCGCUCCUGGAACAACCGGAGAGCUGUGCGACCAACCUGAGGACACGUGCCUCUCAUUGCCAUGUUUGAACGGUGCUACAUGCAUCCCACAAUCCACUAGCUUUACUUGUAAUUGUAGUUCAGGAUUUGCUGGUGAAUUCUGCCAAGAAGUCAUUGACCUAUGUUUUGAUGACACCUGCUCAAAUGGAGGAACAUGCAGCACAGGUGUUACUGGUAUCGUAUGUAAUUGUCCACCAGGUUACACAGGUAAUCGCUGUGAUGAUAUCAUUAACUACUGCCUCUUCAAUCCAUGCGUGAAUGGGAACUGCUCCAAUCUCGGUGAGCUGGAAGGCCGUCCAGGGUAUGUAUGCAACUGUCAGCCAGGCUACACAGGGUUUAAUUGUGAUGUUGAUUUUGAUGAAUGCAGUUCAAACCCAUGUGAGAAUAGUGGAAUAUGCCAAGAAGGAAUAGGCUUCUAUGAAUGUAGUUGUGUUUCUGGGUUUACUGGUGCUAACUGUGAAGUAAAUAUCAAUGCAUGUAAUUCUUCAUUAUGUUUAAAUGAUGGGACAUGUAUUGAUGGUGAUGUUGGGUUCCAGUUUACCUGUAUCUGCCGUGAAGGUUUCACAGGUGGCAAUUGUAGCAUUGAUGUCAACGAAUGCAGUUCUAGUCCAUGUUUGAACAGUGCCACCUGUAUUGACUCACCAGGUGGUUACAUAUGCAGAUGUGUUGGAGAUUUCACAGGUGUUAAUUGUGAGGCUGAAAAGGAUUAUUGUGUAAAUGAACCUUGCAUGAAUGGUGGCAAUUGUACCAGCGUGGCUGGGGGUUACAUGUGCAGUUGCCAGGCUGGUUAUCAGGGUACCAAUUGUACGGUCAAUCUGGAUGAAUGUAGUAGCAACCCGUGCAGGAACAAUGCAACUUGUCAGGAUGAUAUCAACUCUUAUCGGUGCAUUUGUUCACCUGGGUUUACAGGUGGUCAAUGUGAAACAGACAUUGAUGAAUGUUCCUCAUCACCAUGUGACAAUGUCUCCACCUGUAAUGAUUUAAUCAAUGCAUUCGACUGUACCUGCACACCUGGGUUUGAAGGUGAAACCUGCAGUACGAAUAUUAAUGAGUGUCAAUCAUCUCCAUGUCAGAAUGGUGCCAUAUGUUCUGAUCAGGUCAGCAGCUACAGGUGUCUAUGCGAUACACAACUUUUUGCAGGUGUCAACUGUGAAGUAUCACUCAACAACUGUUCUUCCCAUCCCUGUCAAAAUAAUGGAACGUGCCAACCUAUCAAUAAUACAAGUUAUGCAUGCGACUGUCUUCCACGCUAUUUCGGACAAAACUGUGAGAUUUUCACGCCAUUUUGUGACUCAAACAAUUGUACUAAUAAUUCAACUUGUGUUGAACAAGUUGACGGCUAUGCGUGCCGUUGUGUGGCAGGAUUCGCAGGCACAUUCUGUGAGACGGACAUAAAUUACUGCGAGGGAAACAAUUGUACUAAUAACUCAACGUGUGUGGAUGAGAUCACAGGUUACACGUGCAACUGUGUACCUGGUUACUCUGGAGCUAUGUGCGAGGUUGACAUCAAUGAAUGUGAGUCUGGGCCAUGUCAGAAUGGCGCGAUGUGCGUGGAUAGGACAGCUGCAUAUGACUGCAUAUGUCCACCGGGAUUUACUGGUGUUGAUUGUGAUGAAGAAUUCAAUAUCUGUGACUCCAAUCCAUGUCUAAAUAAUGGUGUAUGUAUUGAAGUCUCUAGUGAUAGCUUCAUCUGUUUCUGUGGAAUAGGUUUUACGGGUGAAGAUUGUUCUAUUGAUCUUGAUAUCUGUGCAUUUGGAUAUUGUUUAAAUAAUGCAACCGGUUGCCAAGAAUCAGCCAAUGGUAUGAAUUACACCUGCACAUGUGCAUCAGGUUUUCAGGGAACAAAUUGUGAAGUGAACACCAAUGAAUGUGCAAGUAGCCCAUGUCAUGGCGGUCUCUGUGUCGACAGUAUCAACAGAUUUACUUGUUUUUGUCCACCAGGUUUAACUGGUGCACAGUGUGAGCUGGAUAUAAACGAAUGCUUCAGCAACCCAUGCUUGAAUAAUGCAACGUGUAUCAACGGCCUUGGAAAUUUCACAUGCUCCUGCCCUGCAGCCUACAUGGGGGACAUCUGUGACCAGAAUGCCAAUGAGUGUUUGACCUUUCCAUGUCAAAAUGGUGCAGAAUGUAAUGAUAUAUUCGGGGACUACUAUUGUAUAUGUACCAGUGGUUACGAAGGUAAAAACUGUGACAUAGAGACAAACGAGUGUCAAUUAAAUCUGUGUGAUGCUAACAACACUGCCAGCUGCAUUGAUCAUUUCAAUAACUUCACCUGUAUUUGUCUACCUGGAUAUACAGGUGUCUAUUGCCACCUGGAAAUUGAUGAAUGUCUGCAAAAUGAAUGUGAAAUGAACUCUACAUCUGUUGAUUUGAUAAAUGGUUUCAGCUGCAUCUGUGGCUUAGGUUAUACUGGCGAGCUGUGCAAUGAAAACAUCAAUGAGUGUUUAACCAACCCAUGUGGAAAUGGAACAUGCCAAGAUUUAUUUGGAUCCUUUCUGUGUAUAUGUCCAGAAGAUGAUGCAGUCUAUAAUUCUGUGUGUGAACAGUUACCGCCAUGCUCUUCAGCACCUUGCCAAAACGAUGGUAAAUGUCUUGAUACCGGACCGAACAAAUAUCAGUGCGGCUGUCUUUCCGGGUUUACAGGGUCAAAUUGUGAGAUUGACAUCAAUGAAUGCGAACUUUAUCUUGAGACAUGCUUAAAUGGUGCAACAUGUAUUGAUCUAGUGAAUCAAUACGCAUGUUUCUGUCCGUCAGGAUUCAACGGUACAUUCUGUGAACAUAACAUUGAUGACUGUAUUGGAAAUUUGUGCAGUAUGGGUAGUGCAUGCGUUGAUCGUGUUGGUGGUUAUGUAUGUAGUUGUGAUGUAGGCUUUACAGGGGAAUUUUGCAACAAGACCAUUUCAAAAUGCGAUGAAAUGCCUUGUAUGAAUUUAGGCACAUGUACUGAUGCAACUGACAAUCCUAGCGGGGAGUUUGAUACCAAUUUCUAUUGCAUUUGUGCAAGUGGUUAUGAAGGAACUUUCUGUGAGUUGGAAAUGGAUGAAUGUUUGUCUUUCCCAUGCCAAAACUCGGGAACAUGUAUUGAUGAUCUUGACUCUUAUAUCUGCUUCUGUGAUCCCGGUUUCACAGGAACUAACUGUGAACGUAACAUCAAUGACUGUGACGGUCAUCUCUGCAGGAACAAUGGCACAUGUAUAGAUGGAAUAAAUACGUAUACUUGCGCAUGUCAACAAGGUUUCACAGGUGACUUCUGUGAGAUAACGAUUAAUGAAUGCGAUUCGCAGCCCUGUAAUCCUGUUGGCAGCAUCUGUAUGAAUUUUGAAAACAGAUACCAGUGUUUCUGCCGAGAUGGCUGGAGUGGAGACAACUGCUACGUGGACGUUGAUGAUUGCUUGAGCCAGCCAUGUUUUAAUAAUGCUACAUGUUAUGAUGGCAUUGCUUCCAUUCAGUGCCAAUGUGGUGCUGGUUACAAUGGAACUUAUUGCGAGGAUGAGAUUAAUGAAUGUAGUUCGAUUCCAUGUGCCAAUGAAGCACUUUGUGUAGACUUGCUGAAUGAAUACCAAUGCUUAUGCAAACCAGGAUACAUAGGCGUUCACUGUGAAAUUGAAAUCGAUGAAUGCUUAUCAAACCCCUGUCAGAGAAAUGGAACCUGCCAAGAUGAGGUCAACAAUUUCAUUUGUACAUGUCCACUGCCGUAUCGUGGUGACGAUUGCUCAUUGCUUCCGUGUGAGGUGUUUCCAUGCGAAAACAGUGGGAAUUGCACCAACGCCUUAGAGAGGCUUCCCAAUGGCUUUCUUUGUGACUGUCUAAUUGGAUUUGCAGGCCCUCGAUGCGAGUUUAAUAUAGAUGAUUGUACUUUUGAUGCUUGCACUGGUAACGGGUUCUGCGUGGAUGGAGUUAACAGCUUUGAAUGUUUAUGUGCCCCCGGUUGGGCUGGCUUUGAUUGUAGUUUACCCAUCAAUGAUUGCAUUAAUAAUGCAUGUCAGAACAAUGCUACUUGUGAAGAUUUGAAUGAGGCUUACCGAUGCACCUGUACCGAGGGAUUCGAAGGCGAUUUAUGUGAAUUACAAACCGAUGAGUGUGAAUCAUCCCCCUGUCAAAAUGGAGCAGUCUGCAUCGAUUUAUUUUUAGACUAUGAGUGUAAUUGUAGUAUUGGAUAUACAGGCAGGAAUUGUGAAGAAGAAAUUGAUGAAUGUCAGUCAGAACCGUGUCAAAACAACGGUACCUGUGUUGACUUGAUUGGUAGCUUCAUCUGCGAGUGUCCUCCAUUUUAUAUUGGUGAUCUUUGUGAAGUUGAAUUUAACCCCUGCUGGAAGGUGAACGACCAGUGUGAAAAUAAUGCCACAUGUCAAACUGUUAGCAACGGUACUUUUAUUUGCUUGUGUGAACCAGGGUUCAGUGGUAGAGAGUGCCAAAUGAAUGUUGAUGAGUGUUUUUCCACCCCCUGUAUGAACAAUGGAACAUGCUAUGAUGAUAUUAACAGCUACACCUGUACAUGUGCAUCUGGAUUCACAGGUGUUCAUUGUCAGGUUAAUAUUAAUGACUGUUUCCCAGGAUCCUGUGCCAAUGGAGGGACAUGUGUAGAUGGUAUCAAUGGAUUUACAUGCAAUUGUACAGAAGGUUGGAAUGGUAAUAAUUGUACUGAUGACAUAAAUGAAUGCAUUUCAAAUCCAUGCGUGAAUGGCGCCACGUGUCAUGAUGUGCUACGAGCAUAUGAGUGCGAAUGCAGACCAGGAUACGCUGGUGUUAAUUGCGAGAUUGACAUUGAUGAAUGUGAGCUGCUCGGGGAACCCUGUCGUAACGGUGGUACUUGCGUUAACCUGAUGAAUGCUUAUGCUUGUGAAUGCCCUAAUGGUUUUGCUGGUCUGAACUGUGAAAAUAACAUUGAUGAUUGCAUCCCGUUUCCUUGUAACAAUGGAACAUGCUCUGAUCUUAUUGGUGGAUAUAUGUGCAUUUGCCAACCAGGUUUUAUUGGUAUCAACUGUACUGAAGAUAUUGAUGAAUGUAGCACACUUCCGUGUUUGAAUGGUGCAACCUGUAUCGACCGCAUCAACUCGUAUCAGUGCCUUUGUCUAGAGGGAUAUAUAGGUGCAAAUUGUGAGAUGGAUAUAGAUGCCUGUAGCUAUCGAAACACAUCUCAAUGUCAAAAUCUUGCAACAUGCAUUGAUGGUCCAGGCUUGGCUUACACAUGCAGUUGUGUACCUGGUUAUGAGGGUGAGCUAUGUGAAAUUGAUAGUGAUGAGUGUGUCAGUAAUCCUUGCCAAAAUGGAGGGUUAUGUCAAGAUGGAGUCAACCAUUUCAACUGCUCCUGUACACAAGCUUGGACAGGAGAUUCAUGUGGUGACGAUGUAGAUGAGUGUCAAUCUACCCCGUGUUUGAAUGGUGCAAUCUGUUUCCAAAACGAUCCAGGUGAAGGGUACACCUGUUUCUGUUUUCCUGGUUACCAAGGCACACAUUGUGAGAUGAACAUUGAUGAGUGUCAAUCAUCCCCAUGUCAGAAUAAUGCAAAGUGUGUUGACCUUGUCAACAGUUAUAGCUGUAACUGCACUACGGGCUUUAAUGGCACUCAUUGUGAGGUCGACUUUAACGAAUGUGCUAACAACCCCUGCUUGAAUAAUGGACUGUGCCAGGAGCUGCCACGUGGGGGAUUUCAGUGCAUUUGUCCAGCUGGCUUCAUCGGAGAAAUCUGUGAGGAUGAGGAUCCAUGCUUGAGCUUUCCUUGCUUGAAUGGCGGAACAUGUAUUGGAAUCGCCAUGCCAUCUGGAAUCAGCUAUAAUUGUGUUUGCCAGAAUGGUUUUGAUGGUGACCACUGUGAAUUCCUACUACUUUCCUCAUCAUCAAUAACACCGGUGCUAACAACCACAAAAAUGGUUAUAUCUUCAUCAGACCAAGUGGUACUUUCAACACCAGGUAUUCCAACAAUCAGUCUUAUCUCAUCUGCUUUUGUACCUUCGGUGAUAAGCAUGUUAACAUCCUCUAUCUAUGGGUCACAUCAGUUGGUUUCUUCUUCUACCUCGCAUCACUUUUCCUUCAUUUCUUCCUCCGAUAAUUUGGUUUCUAUUUCUUCAGAGAUGUCAACAUUUAGUAGCAUGAGUGAACUUAUAUCUUCUGAUCUCACUUCAUACUCAAUGGUGUUUUCAACACUUACAGUUUCACCAUCAGUUUAUCAAACACAUUCAUUUUUGUCCUCAGCAUUGGCAACCGAACAAUCAUCAUUACUGUUACCAUCAUUGCCAUUGUCUAUAUUGUCAUUGGCAUCGUCAUCACCUACAUCAUCAUCAUCAAUAAUAUUUUCAAAUAUUCCAUCCCCAUUCCUAACUACUUUAUCAGACACAGCUAUGGCAGCUAUCAUGACACCAACAUUUACCUCUUUCAUUGAUGUCCUGUCAUCUUCACAAGAACAAAGAAUGUCCACAUUGCCAUUAAAGUCUGGAAUGUCCACUGCUAUGCAGACUUUUACUUCUGCAGCUUUCUUAAGUAGUAGUGUUGCAACUGACAUCCAAAGUGUGUCUUCAACAACUGCGCUGACAUCACAGUAUGUUGCUGUAACAAGCACAUUGGUAUCUGGCAUCCAGAUGUCUAGUUCAACUAACUUUCAAGAAUAUUCCUCAUCAGUAUCAGCUUCUUCAGAAUUGGACUUCAGCUCAUUUGUGUCCAUGUCAUCGUCAUCAGUAUUUCAGAGUGUAAUUCAGACCUUAAUAGAUGCAACCAGUGUCUUCUUGACAGACACAUUUGAGAUGACUUCAUAUUCUUCAGAGGCAUUUGGUGAAGAGAGUAGGUUGCUAUCGUCUAUACCAUCUUUAACAUCAACUUUAAGUCUUGAACCUUCAAUGUCACACCCACCUGUCAUAUCAAUGAACAGUAUAUUGAGUUCAUCAUUAACACUGAUGUCCAACCUGCAUGAUAUUUCCUCAGCUUUUCAGCCAUCACAUUCAGUGCAGACUUCACAAGUUAUGGAAAUGUCUUCUGCAGCAGCAAAUAUUACAAAGACUUUGUCAUUUGCACCUGUUGUGUCAUCAGCAAUAUUCACAGAACCCACACAAAGCUUGUCUCUGUCAAUGAGCCUAUCAUAUCUGUCAGAGGAACCAUCAGUUACAUCUGCACAGACACUGGAUGUGAUCAGUUCACCUCUCACCACCAACUUUGCUUCAGUGUCAUUGCCAUUCACAUCAUUAAUGUUACCUGUAUCCGAAAUGCAAUCACAAGAAAUAUUUUUUUCAUCACUAGCAUCUGAAAUAUCACAAAUGACAGAAUAUUCAUCAACAUUUGACUCAUCAUAUUUGAUUGAGAGCUCAGUUUUAUCAGAUAUAUUGUCUGUUAAAUUGCCAACAAUUUACCCAACUCAGAGCACUCUAUCUGCCACAGACACUGGACUUACCUCAUUGGUAGAGUCAGACAAUGCAAUGACAACAUCUGCAACAGAAAGAUUGCAGACAAUUGCACCUACUCCAACAAGUGAGUUUCCAAAUAUAGAAACAUCUGAAAUAUCACAAAUGACAGAAUUUUCAUCAACAUUUGACUCAUCUGAUUUGAUUGAGAUAUCAGAUUUUUCAGAGCUUUUGUCUUUUAAAUUGGCAACAAUUAACCCAACUCAAAGGACUAUAUCUGCCACAGACACUGGACUUACCACAUUGGUAUUGUCAGGUAUUGCGAUGACAAAAUCUGCAACAGAUGGACUGCAGACAAUCACACCAACUCCAACAAGUGAGAUUCCAAGUAUCAAAACAUCUAAACUGAGUUCCUCAUUAUUGACAUCUACAUAUUCUCUACAAAUUUUAACAAAGACAAUGACACCAUCCUUAAAAACUGAAUAUGUUAAUAUAAGUACAACAACCAUCUUGCCAUAUGAAGCAACAAGCAUAGACAUACCCAAAGACACAAGUCUAAUCAAUCCCUCUAUUUCACCCCAGGGGAUAACAAAUAUAAUGACACAAUUCUCAAGUCUUACUUCUUCUCAGAGCACGUUUGUAGUUGGCAUGACAGAAACACCUGUAGUCAGCAGCAAAGUGAUUCUUGAAACCAGCAUGCUGCAGUCAUCUGAUAUAAGUAUCCAGCCGACACCCUCUUUCAUGCUCACCUCUUCAACUGAAGAAUUCAAGAUUUCGCAAACAUUGUUUCCAUCUUCAUCUAUUUUUGAUACAUCUCUGUCACACUCUAUGUCUCUUACCAUGUCAACAGACUUUUCAGUCUUGUUAUCAACAUCAUCAGUUUCAUCUUCAUCAGUAUCAUUUUCAAUAAUGCCAACACCAUCACAACCCACUGUCAUGUCAUCAUCAAUGGAACCAACUAUAAUGACUUCACCAGUGCCAACUGCAUCUUUAACAAUAACUCCACCAUCAAGUACAACUACACCAGAACCAACCACUGAACAAGCGACUGUACCAGUAUCUGAAACAACAACUGAUUCAGCUCUCACCUCAGAGGCACCUCCUCCAUUUACUACUGACCCAGCUGUUACACCCACACCAGAUCAAACAUCAGAAGCUACCGAACCAGAUUUUCAAACUACACCUGAAGCCACUUCUGAAGUUAGAACUGAACCAGCUCUUACAACUACACCAGAGACCACUUCUCAAGUUAAAACAUCAUCUUCAGGGACAACUGAACCAGCUCCAGUAACCACACCAGAAACCACUUCUUUAUUGACAACUGAACCAGCUCUUACAUCUUCACCAGAACCAACAUCAUCUUCUGGGACAACUUCACCAGCUCCAGUAACCACACCAGAAACCACUUCUUUAUUGACAACUGAACCAGCUCUUACAUCUUCACCAGAACCAACAACAUCUUCAGGGACAACUUCACCAGUUAUAGUAACCACACCAGAAGACACUCCAUCUCCUAUGACAACUUCAUCAGCUCUUACAACUUCACCAGGACUGACAUCAUCGGUAGGGACAACUGAACAAGCUCUUGCAACCACACCUGAUAUCACUUCUUCGGAGACAACUGAACAUCCACUUGCAACCACACCAGAGGUAACAUCAUCUAAGAUGACAACAACUGAGCAAGAGACAACUUUACUGCCAAGCUCAGCUCCAACCACAAUUAAACCUUCAUCUCCAACACCAAUUUUGAGUUGUUCUGAUAUCACAUGUUUGAAUGAAGCAACAUGCGAAGAUCUGACUUCAGAUGAAAUCAUCACCGGAUUCCAGUGCCAAUGCACUUUUAGAUUUACUGGACAAUUCUGUGAGAUUGAAUUGAAUAUUUAUUUCCCAUCAUUCAAUGGUGAUGGUUACCUUGAGCAUGCCCAGUUCGACUUGUCUACGUCAGUGACCAAUGAGAUCUUUGUAUCAUUCAAAACAUCAUCCUUGAGUGGAACUGUGUUUUUUGCCGUAUCUGACCCUUCCAGCUCCACUAGUGAUUUCAUGCAUCUUUACAUAGAGAGUGGUAGACUGGUUUAUGAAUUUACUUGUGGACCAGGGAUGUUGCUGAAAGUUGAGCCAUCUCAAUCUGUUGAUACUAAUGAACUGGUGCAGGUUUUAAUCAGUUUAAAUCGACCAAUCGGAUUCUUCGGAGGCAUCUGUUCAGCAGCUGUUACUAUAGACAACCAAGUACCAAUCACAAAUUCAGUGUACACAUUCUUUCAUGCAGUCAACUUGGGAUCAUUGUACCUUGGAGGUUUACCAUCAGCUAUAGAAUCUGCAUUGCCUUUAAGCCCAGUGGUUGAUUUUAAUGGGUGUAUACGUCAUCUUCAAAUAAAUGACAUUGAGUAUUCAGUGUUUGGAGAUGCACUCACUGGGCAGAAUGUUGGUGAAUGCGAAGUAGCCCCUUGUUUGUAUGCACCAUGUGAGAACGGUGGCACUUGCAUGAUACCCGAGAAUUCAGUUGACUGGUUUUGCCUCUGUCCCGAAAAGUAUGUCGGUGAUUUCUGCGAACAGCGAAUAGAUUACUGCAAUGGCAGCCCGUGUCAGUAUGGCGCCAGCUGCGUUUCUAGAUGGGAACAAGCAAGUUUUGUAUGUCUCUGUCCGUAUGGCAGACAAGGUGUACUUUGUGAAAAUGCAUUAUCAAUUUCAAGGCCAAGCUAUUCUGGACUUUCAUACGGCUACUCAUCCUACACACAAUAUGCUAGAGUCUUAAACUGGAAUUUCCUACUGGAGAUCAAGCUCAAUUUUGUCCCAGCAGAUUCCCAGGCCUUGCAGAGUUCACUGAUGUUGUUUUCUGGACAGAAAGGUGAGGGAAGAAAUGGGAGUGAUUACUUGGCCUUAGGUCUGGAAGAUGGAUAUGUCACCUUUAGGUUUGAUCUCGGCUCUGGAGCAGCAGUACUGAGGAGUCCAUCACGUAUUAGUAGUUCAAGUGGUUCUCAUCACGUGCGAAUCGGACGAUUUCAGAAACAGGGUUGGCUCAAGGUGGAUGAUCAAGUUAACGUGACAGGGAGUACGCUUGGACCUCUUAUUGGCCUCAACUCUUUCAAAGAUUUGUUUGUUGGUGGUUAUGAUGUUUAUGAUCUCCAGUUACUACCAGUAAACUUUCAAGAUGGUUUUAGAGGUUGUCUUUACGAUGUGGAAAUUAGGUCAGGAACGUAUGGUACGUUCGUUGCCCCUGGUAGUCCUACUGGGCAUGUAGAUGCUGGCUUGAACGUUGGCGAGUGUGGGCUGUCCGAGUGUAACCUGGUUAACUGCCAGAAUGGUGGAACAUGCAUAGAUCUUGGUGCUACCUUCCAGUGUAAUUGUACUGAUGGUUGGAAAGGUCAAUAUUGUGCUGAUCAGGUCAAUGCGUGUGACCUUCAACAUGACCCACCUCCUAUGUGUGCAUCAGAAUCUGAUUGUACGCUGUCGGACACUGGAUACACAUGUAACUGUCACCUUGGAAAAUUUGGUGUACUCUGCGACCAAGAUCUUACCAUCAGUGAUGCAAAAUUCCAGUCCAACUCCUUCAUGGCAUUUUCUCACACUGUUGAUAUCAGUCGAGUUACAAACAUCACAAUCCAGUUCAAACCAGAAGAUGAUAAUGGCCUUCUGUUCUAUGCAGCUCAGCACGACACAAGUCAGUCAGGAGAUUUUAUAUCAAUCUCAUUGUCUAAUGGAUACGUUGAAUUCAGAUAUGUUCUUGAUGGUGUUGGUGUUCCUGCAAUACUAAGAAGUCAACAACAGGUCGACGUAAAUGACAACCAGUGGUACAGCGUGCAAGCUGGACGCACGGAUCAAAAUGGCUUCUUGAUAUUCAAGAACCAGGAGCUUCGUGUCCGAGCUUCUACUGCCCUUGUUGGUUUGGACCUUGCAACUGAUUUCUAUGUUGGCGGUGCACCUCAGUUAAGUGAUGUCAAAAGGUUAGCGGUUGAAAACAGUGCAACUGGGUUCACAGGUUGUAUACGACAGGUCAUUGUGAACGGUUUAAUGUUGGUGUUGUCACAAUCAGAUGCUACAAAUGGCAGGAAUAUUGACGACUGUGAUGGCACAGGUUGUGGUUAUAAUGUCUGCAAGAAUAAUGGACUGUGCCAACCGGGGUUUGGUAACUCCCCCUGGGAAUUCCAGUGUCUCUGUUCAUAUCCUUACACAGGUGAAACGUGCAGCGAAUCCAUAUUUUGCUACAAUACUCCUUGUCAAAAUGGAGGAUUGUGUUUCCCGGACCAUAUCCAAGGGUCAUAUACAUGUGCGUGUCAGUUGGGAUGGACUGGGACAACUUGUGAAAUAGCUUUGAAUGUUGAAACAGCUCAGCUGGAUGGAAAUGGCUUUCUGUUCUUCCAAACCAAUCACAGCCAGAGCAGCCAAACAAGCACAUCCUUGUUGGUCAGCUUCAAAACAUCGGCCAAUGAUGGACUGAUUCUCUGGAAUGGUCAGCCAAUUACGUCUGGCGGCUCUGACUACUUAGGCCUUGGGAUUGAAAAUGGCCGACUGAAACUUGGAAUAAAUCUAGGUCAUUCCUCUGUAGGGGUCAUCUCAUCAGAUAAGUUCAUAUCAGACAGUGAAUGGCAUAAUGUUAGUAUAGUAAGAGUCGAUACUCUCGUGGAUUUGUUUGUUGACGGUAGUCUUGAUGAGACUCUCAAUCUUGCUGGCACGUUCACAGCUUUGGACGCCGACGGCUUUUUCGUAGGUGGAUUUAGUUCAGAAGAUGAUAUUGCCAUGGCAACAAACUUCUUAUUUGGUACCAAAUUUCAAGGAUGUGUGGAUAAUAUUCAGUUCAAUUCAGAACAAAUGGAUGUGGGUGAAGCUGAGUAUGGUUUGAAUGUUGACCAGUGCCGCGACACCUAAAGACUUAAUGAGUUUGCGGCAGGAAAUUAUCAUAGGAGUGAUGUUUUGCCCCACCACACAACCAAAAUUUAUUUGACAAAAAUAUGCAAUAUGGUCAUGAUGACCUCACAUCAUGACCAUAUGUAGGAAUAUCAUGACUAUAUAUAGGCAUACAACAGUUUUUUAGUCAAAGAAUGUGAUAUGCCCAUAUUUGGGUGUAAUAUGACAUCAUCAUACCCAUAUAUGGACACGUCACAUAAAAUUUGGUAGUACGAGCUGAGCUUUAUAAGCCCUCCACUGCUUUCGUCAGAACAUUAUAAACAGCUCUCAUGGUACUCGUUCUUAGCAGAGAAAUGCACUAUAAAAAUAGACUAGCAUUUAAAAUGCUUUAUGUUUAGUUACAAAUUUGCAGUACAGUAGUAGUUAUUUCUUCCCCCUUUGAAACAUAAGAUUUAUUAACAUAAACUACCGAUACUGCUAAUUUUUUUUUUUUUACUGCAGGUCUCCCUCUAAUUAAAGACCACCUCCAAUUAAAGACCACUUUACUGUGGUCCCAAAUUAACAAAUGUCUUACCUUUAUUAAAGCUGCUAAAAACCCUGGUCCCAAAAGUGGUCUUUAAUUGGAGAGAGGCCUGUACUAGUUUUUUAAGGAACUGUAUAUAAUAUUUUACAAAAUACCCAGACAAUAAAUGGAUGUUUUGGCUCGACGGAAAAAGUUUGUAACUGCACUGUACAUGCAUUCACUUUCUGCUUGAGGUAUUGGCUUUCAAGUACAUAUUACUAAUGAUUAGGAUUUAGGAAUGUGUUAACAUGUCUGAUUUAUGUCCUCCGCUAACAUUCCAUAUUGACAGAAUACCUUGAUUAAAAUGCGUGUAUAACAAAUGACCAUUCCAUUUGGACUGCAAGUGCUAAGGAAAUAUAUUAAGAAGUUAAAAAAAGGCAUGACAAACUUUAAUAGCCACAGUAACAAAAAUUUUGAUUUUCAUGUUUGUAUUCUACUUUUUAUAAUUUUCAGCAGCCUUGUUUAAAACUGUACUGUAUUAAAUAUUAUACAUGAUGCAAUCAUCCACAUUUUGUUGUGAAUUAUGACAGGCAAUAUAUACAGUAUACCGUAAAUGUUUAAAUAACAGCCGCACCAAAAUUGUUUUUUUUUUUUUUUUUUGCUAAAUGCCGCUCUCGAUUAAGUGCUGCAGUGUUUAAUUGAGAGUAUAUAUUACCCUGUGUGUAAUAAACACUUUGAGAAACAAGGUAUUAAAUACAAUGUAUGCGGUGUUGAAAUGAAUAAAUAACACUAUAAGACAAGCAUUUCUUUAUAAACGUUCAUUUAUGAGGAUGUAUGACCUACUUAACUAUGGGAAUAGGUCAUAUCGUUAACAUGGUAACAGGCAUAGAAAGCACCACACCAAUACUUUCUUAUAAGCGCUGCAGCGCUUAUUCGAGCAUUUACGCCACAUUAUGUGUUUCUUUGUUUGUCCUCACCUCCUUAAGUCAAAUGGCGAUAUCAGAAAUACUUAGGAGAAAAACAGUGGUGCAAAUUUUUUUUAGAUAAGUAAAGGUUAUUAUGAUAUGUAUUGAAAUUUAAAAAUUUAUUACCAAAACAAGGGGCGCAUUCUCCCGUUCACCCUACCGGGUCCGCAUAUUUAUUAUUUUAUCUGUUGAUGUGUAUAAAGGAGUGACAACUUUGCUGUAUUUUGUAAUUUUAUGAAAUGUUUGUGCUUUGAAUGAUCCAUUUUAUAUUUGUCACUCUUUUUGGAUGGGUGUUUAUACAAAUGUUUUAUAAUACAGUACUGUAAUGUAUUAAAAUAAAAGUUUAAAUAUUAUUUCAUUAGCGGGUCUAAUUGAAACAUUCCAUCCAUUUGUAAACAUGAAAUAAAUGUUUUGAUAUAUGAAACAGAA